CAUCGAGGCGCUUAGGUCAAUCAUGAGUGGACGGAACGCGAGGCCGGUGAAUGUGGGUGCCAUUACGCUUCCCUUAGAAGAAGCGAUGAAGCGCCGCGAACAGGCAUAUCAAGCAGAACGCCAGCGUGACAACGAGCUCUUCCAGCAGCGCUUCGAAGAGCUAAAGAAUGCCAGCGCGACGGAACGUGAGCGUCUAGUGCAGGAUUUCCAGCGCGAACAGGAACAGCGGGACCGCGAACGCCAGGACGAGCAGCAACGUCACGAGGCACGAUUGUUGGAAUUAACGCAGACGAUCGAGGAGAGUCAGCAGGAGCUAAAAAAGGUCACGGACGAACUUCUAAUUAAAGACCGGGAGCAGAAAAUCGCUUUUGUCAACAGCUUAAAUUUGGCGAUUCGGCAGACGAAUUCCCUGUUACUGUUCGGUCCGAAAGGACUGGGGAAAAGCACCUUCUUGUGGUUGCUGAACAAAGGAUCCAAGCCGAAACAGUCGCGUUCCGAUGGUACGGUGGAGAUCCUGCACGUCAACGGGUUCGUGGAUUCCAUUGGACUGCGCGGAUGGACGCCGGAGGAGCUGCUGAAACUAUUAGUCCUGAUGAUCUACGACGGGAUCCCCAAAGAUCUCAUCGUCUUCGACAACGACCGGAUCGAUCAGCCCAUCACGUCGCUGGGUCUGUUGGGCGUCAAUCAUCCUAUGAUCGUCAUCAUGUACAGUGAUUUCUGGAGGAAAUUGGAGCCGCCGCGCGGUGGUGAGCCGCGCAUUCACCUCGUGGAGGAUACCAAGGGGGUGCGCCGCGUGGAACCCGUGGAGCACUUGGAGCGGGUGUACAAUACGCCGGUGUACGAGGACAUCAAGGAAUUCCAAUUAGGUACCACGCCCAUUACGCACCACGACGACCUGGAGCCGCUGGUGCAGAAGCGGGAGGACGCCGGGAUUCGGCCGCUCCGCUUUUUUAUGGACGGACUCGGACAGCAGUUCCACGUGGAGAUGGAGAACAGCCAUACAAUGGAAGCGCUCUUCCGCUUCAUCUACAUUUAUGAGAAGAAGUACGGCGGGAAAGGCCGGCUCAAGUUCAUGAACAACGCGACGCUGCAGGACUUUAAAUGAGGGCGCUGGUAGUGGUUCUUGGUGUUUUUGUAGCCUACAAAAUUAAUUUGAGGCACCCUAGUAGAUUUCCCGGGCAAGUUGCGAGAAAAUCAAAAUUAAUAACAAAGAGAAAUCGCACACAUACACAC